AUGUCGCCUCUUCGAGGAUAUAUCACAUCAUAUCCACCACGGCUACGCCAGUAUGGAAAUGCACUGCUAACGCCUGUCUAUCCCGUACAAACUGGUCCAACACCUCGAACAACCAAGCGCGGCACCACCGCAAUCAACUACGCGGAAGAUGGGUUUGACGAAGAAGAUUUCGAAGAGAGUGAUGGGCCUCGGCGACCAACGGGGCUAAGGAGCUUGCGGCGGGAGGAGUCUUCUACGGGGGGUAUGCCUAUGUCCGAGAAGCUAGGGAAGGAAACGAAAGCGCCGGUGGAAGUCCAGGGUGUGUUUCGUGAAUGGAUGAUCAAGCGGAUGCUCAGACCUGCAUGUGCCGAGCAGCUUCAGAUUCAAGCCCAGCUUCCUUUGACGCUGGUUCCGAUUCGUAUCGAUGUCGAAGUACCCGCACACCAACCCCUCGAACCCUUCCCUCUCCCUCGAGGUGUCAUGGACCCAAGUAUUAAUCCAGCACUCCCUGCUUACCGGCGACCUGAACCAAUGCCCCCGUUUCGAAUUAAGGACACUUUCCUUUGGAAUCUUCACGAAGCAUUGUCUACCCCAGAAGACUUUGCGAUCGGCUUUGUGCGCGAUCUGGACCUUCCCAACCCCCAAGCAACGACAAUGACCAUCAGUAAUCAAAUCAGACAACAAUUAGAGGAGUACGCUGGUGUAGCGUUGCACCCUUUGUUCUCGAGCUCUCAAAACCAGACACUAAGUGGACCUCCCCGAACCGAGGCUUCAAGAGAUACAUCCAUGACACCUGCUAUAACAAGCAUUGCAACUCCUGAUAGUCGAGUCAACGGGACCGCACAAGUCUCCGUGACAAAGGAGGCCCUAGUCAAUGACAGCCUACUGAAUCCUGAUGAUGCGUACCGUUGCUUGAUCACUCUCAACAUCAACCUCCAGAACAAGCUUUAUACCGAUAAAUUCGAAUGGUCACUGCUCCAUCCUCCAGGCAUGGCAGAGGAGUUUGCAAAGGUCACUUGUGCGGAUCUUCAUCUUAACGGUGAAUGGGUUAGUGCAAUUUCGCACGGUAUCUACGAAGCAGUUUUGAGGCUAAAGAAAGAGGUCUGCGAAAGCGGCGGCCUCGUAAGUGGCAUCAAUGGAUACGGAAACGAGAUUGACAACCAAGCAGCCAACGGUGCUGAAGCUGGUUGGCGAUAUGACCCCGAGACUCUGGGUGAUGAGUGGGAUCCUAAGGUCGAGACCUUGUCCAAGGAAGAAAUCGAGCGACGAGAAGGAGAUCGGGAACGUCAGAUUCGACGUCUACGACGAGAAACUGCUCGCUUCUCUUCCACUGCAGGUAUCACCCCAGACGCCUCCCGACAAAGCAGUGGGUACUUUGAUGCCGAGGGUGAAGCGCCACUGGGCAGAGGAGAACGAAAUAAGCGCAAGCGCCGGUUCCGUAGUCUCAGCCCCUUGGGCCGAGGAGGUACUCCUGGUGGUCGAGGCACACCCGAUACUGGCUCGGGUGCUGGUUAUGGUGGAGGUGGUGGUACACUUUCUGAAUGGGAACGACAAAAUUGGCGCUGCGAUAACUGUCAAGUAUGGGGAACUGCUGUCUGGGCGGUUCGGGAUGGACCGAUUGGGCCAAGGACUCUCUGCCACAAUUGUGGCUUCUUAUAUGAGCGAGACAAACUUACACCUCAAUGGUCGAAAGAUCUUCAUCGCCAUGAUGUUCCUGUGGGUCGUUUUGGCUAG